CAAGGAGUGACUGUUCUGGCCAUUUCAGCGGUGUACGAUGUCUUUGUAUUUCAUCGACUGAAGAUGCAUCAGAUCAUUCCUGCUUUAUACAAGAAAAAAGAAUUUGACCCUCUUCUUCAGCAUUGGUUUACUGACCUCCUGGGGGACUACACUGCUGGGUGUCCGCUUAUACUGGAUGGGCAACAAACCCCCAAGUUUUUCCAAUUCUGACAAUCCAGCAGCUGACUCAGACAGUUUGCUCACACGUACGCUGACCUUCUUUUACCUGCCAACCAAGAACAUCUGGCUGUUGCUGUGCCCAGAUACCCUCAGCUUUGACUGGUCUAUGGAUGCCGUGCCUCUUCUGAAAGCAGUCAGCGACUGGAGGAAUCUACACACUGUGGCCUUCUAUGCUGGACUCCUCCUCCUUGCCUGCUUUAGCUUGAAGGGCUCCAGCAAUGAGAGAGAAUGCAAUGGGAAAACUGUAAUGAAUGGCAAGCAGAACACUAAUGGGCAUAGCUACCACUCGGAGAUGGAGUACAAGACACUGGAGGUGAAGUCAACCUUUGUAUCAAAAGAAGAGAAUGGUAUAAAAAAGCAUGAAAUGCAGAAAUUGCAGCUUCCUUCAACUGAGAACAUUGUCAUUCUGUCUUUGUCUUUGUUAAUAGUGCCCUUUGUUCCUGCCACAAACCUAUUUUUCUAUGUUGGCUUUGUAAUAGCAGAGCGUGUGCUGUAUGUUCCUAGUAUGGGCUUCUGCCUGCUGGUUACAGUAGGUGUCAGGGCCCUUUAUGUCAAAGCCCAGAAGCGCUUUCUGAAGAACUUGGUUCUUUGUUCCACUGCUGCAUUAAUUGUUUUCUAUGGACUCAAGACGGUUGUCAGGAAUGGGGACUGGCAGAAUGAGGAGAUGCUGUAUAGGUCAGGGAUAAAAGUAAACCCUGCUAAAGCAUGGGGUAACCUUGGAAAUGUUCUCAAGAGCCAGAGCAAGAUUUCUGAAGCUGAAAGCGCCUAUAGAAAUGCCUUGUACUACCGCAGCAACAUGGCUGAUAUGCUUUAUAAUUUAGGAUUACUACUUCAGGAAAACAGCAGGUUUUCAGAGGCAUUGCAUUAUUAUAAACUGGCAAUUGGAAGCAGACCCACACUAGCUUCUGCCUAUUUAAAUACUGGUAUCAUCCUCAUGAACCAAGGAAAGACAGAGGAAGCAAGGAGGACUUUCCUGAAGUGUUCAGAGAUCCCUGAUGAAAAUUUGAAAGAUCCUCAUGCUCAUAAAAGCUCUGUUACUAGCUGUCUUUAUAAUUUAGGAAAACUUUUUCAUGAACAAGGACACUAUGAGGAUGCCCUUAUGGUUUACAAGGAAGCAAUACAGAAAAUGCCAAGGCAGUUUGCACCACAGAGCUUAUACAACAUGAUGGGAGAAGCCUAUAUGAGAAUGAGCCGGCUGCCAGAAGCAGAGCGCUGGUACGUGGAAUCACUGCGAUCAAAGAGCGACCACAUCCCAGCCCAUCUUACCUAUGGAAAACUACUGGCUCUGACGGGACGCAAGAGUGAGGCAGAAAAGUACUUUGUGAAGGCUAUUCAGCUGGAUCCUACCAAAGGAAACUGCUACAUGCAUUAUGGUCAGUUCCUCCUAGAAGAAUCCCGCCUGAUAGAAGCAGCUGAGAUGGCAAAAAAAGCAGCUGAACUUGAUAAUACAGAAUUUGAUGUUGUUUUCAAUGCAGCCCAUAUGCUCAGACAAGCCAGUCUCAAUGAAGAGGCUGAGAAGUAUUAUGAAAUGGCAGCAGGAUUAAGACCUAAUUAUCCAGCUGCCCUGAUGAAUCUUGGAGCCAUUCUCCAUCUGAAUGGUAAACUGAAAGAGGCUGAAGAAAACUACCUCCUUGCUCUUCAACUUAAACCUGAUGAUGUCAUCACUCAGUCCAAUCUUCGCAAAUUGUGGAAUAUCAUGGAGAAACAAGGUCUGAAGACAUCCAACACAUGAUGAUGAAAACUCUGAACUUUUAUUUCUUAAAUUGAUUAAACCCACAAACUAGAACUUCCACACAGUUGUCUGGUUGGAGAGCUCAUUGGACUUGACUGCAAGGAUCAGAGGUCUUAAUUGCUGCUAGAAGAAGCUAUCCUGCUUUUUUGGCAUAAAUCUUUUUGCUAGAUAAAUAGAAAAAGGGAGACUUUGAGAUACUCUUGAAGGACUUGUUACCCCACAAAAAUAUUUAGAACGAUAGCACUUGAGAGAAGGUGUUUUGGCUUAUUUGAUAAAUCAUUUCAAAUCCCAUAUCACUCACUUUUGGGUGGGUACUUGAAAUGUAUACUGUCAUUAAAAUACUAAGAGAAAAUUGUACAGUAUACACUAAGCCAUAUGGGAGUAAAAGUGGUAAUAGUAGGUUAAAGUAUUUGCUGAUACUGUAACUCAUUAAAAUGUAUACUAAAUCCAGUGUGUUUGCAGUUUGUCUUAAUGCUGCUGUAUCUCACUUUAGGACCACUUGCUUACCAAUUUCACAGCUUAUAUGGUCAAUUUUUUUCAAAUCUGUCACUUGUGAUUAGAUGACAUCAUUCAAAAUGUUUGCCGAGAAGAUGCAUAUUAUUUCUGCUUGUUAAGUUUUAAUGCAGUUUUCUUGAAAUACACAGCCAAAUGGCUGUGGGCUAGACAGAAUGAGCAAGGAACUGCUCAUACUCUACAUCAGUACAUAGUACAUACUACAUCAGAUGUGUAUGUAGAGUGGUAAAAAAAAAAAAUCCAGAGGUGUGAUUUAGUAACAGAAACAAGACUGAUGCUUUGCCCUGAUAUCAGAUGAGUGUGGUCAAACUGUCAUCUUAAGGAUAAAAAAAGAAAGAUAUUUUAGAAAAAUGUGUUUGAUUCUUUUUACAUUGCUGUCA